CUGGACAGUCCAACCACCACCGAAAGGCUCAUUGGGAAAAAAGAACUACCCGUAAGGGUUGUGUUGCUUGGGCUAUUUUUAGGCUUUUUUCUGAGAGUUGAAACCACAGCAUCAUUAAUCCAAGCCACCCCCGAGGUUGCGUGGUUCUGGAAAUCUCAAAAGGGAGUUGAAUGGACCCUUGAGAUCUUGCGAACUGUGGCACAGCCAAGCGAUUCGAUGUCGCCGACUUUAAAGGGGAAGAAGAUAGAAUCCGAAAUAAAUCUCGCUGCGCGCCAAUUGUCCUCGCACGGAAGGCCCAUAUCGAGUCUAGCUAACAUAUGGAGCACAAGUGAUCAUGCAGGACUGUGA